CGGGCGCCCGCUGCCUGCCGAACGGAGGAUCCUCAGCGCUAUGUAUCGUCCUCGUACAGUCCGGCUCCGGUACCGGGGCUCUGGCUGCUCAGCCUGGGAGGUCCGAUCACAUAAUUGCCCCAGGCGGUGGUCAAUAAUUAAGUCACACAGUAAGACAGGGACCUGCCACAUCAACGAAAAAAAGAAAAACUCCUGUCUGAAUUUCUAUUGAAAAAUAAGAUAUGGACAGACUCACGUUUCCUGAUUCAUUCGCUUGGGGGGCAUCAACAGCGGCCUAUCAGAUUGAAGGAGGAUGGGAUGCAGAUGGGAAAGGCCUGAAUAUCUGGGAUACGUUCACUCAUCAGGGAGGAGAUCGAGUUUUUAAGAACCAGACUGGAGAUGUUGCUUGUGGCAGCUACACACUGUGGGAAGAAGAUUUGAAAUGCAUCAAACAGCUUGGAUUGACUCAUUACCGCUUCUCUCUUUCCUGGUCACGUCUGUUACCUGAUGGGACGACAGGUUUUAUCAACCAGAAAGGUGUGGACUACUAUAACAAGUUGAUUGACAGUCUUCUUGCGAUGAAUGUAAUCCCACUGGUGACACUCUGUCAUUUUGACACACCACAAGCUCUUGAAGACCAAGGUGGAUGGAACUCUGAGAAGACAGCUGAAGUAUUUGAACAGUAUGCCAAGUUUUGCUACUCCACCUUUGGUGACAGAGUUAAACUGUGGAUUACCAUCAAUGAGCCAUAUGUUUUUGCCAAGCUUGGCUAUGAGAAUGGCAUAUUUGCCCCAGGGAAAAAGGAACCGGGCUUUGGUGCAUAUCGGUCUGCACAUAACAUGAUAAAAGCCCAUGCUAAAGCAUGGCAUGCCUACAACACCUUUUUCAAAGAAAAGCAAAAAGGACUCGUCUCCAUUGCCCUGGAUUCUGACUGGGCAGAGCCUUUGGAUCCUAAUUCUGUGGAUGAUAAAGAUGCAUGUGAUCGAUAUCAUAAAUUUCGCCUUCAUUGGUUUGCAAAUCCUAUCUUCGUGGAUGGGGAUUAUCCUGCAAUUAUGAAAUUGAAGAUCUCCAGAAAGAGUAAAGCAGAAGGAUUGACGACAUCCAGACUCCCAGAAUUCUCAGAUGAAGAAAAGAACAUGAUAAAAGGCACAGCCGAUUUUUUCUGCCUGAAUUACUAUACUACUCGAAAUGUCAGACCUCUCAGUAUCAAGCAAAGUGGACCAAGUUUUGACUCUGACAUGGGAGCGGAAGGAAUAAAAGAUCCAGACUGGAUCGAAUCUGGAGUGGAAUGGCUGGCUGUGGUUCCUUGGGGCCUACGAAAACUGCUGGCUUAUAUAAAGGACACAUUUGGUGACCCAAACAUCUACAUCACUGAGAAUGGAUUUGCUCAGAGUGACCCUCCAGUUCUUCAGGACACGCACAGAUGGGGAUAUUUUCAAGAAACUUUGGCAGAAGUUUUAAAAGCUAUCAGACAAGAUGAGGUGAAAGUGAAAGGUUAUUUUGCUUGGUCCCUACUUGACAACUUUGAGUGGAAUUCUGGCUACGGCGUGCGGUUUGGAUUGUUCCAUGUGGAUUUUAACCAGUCAAAUCUUCCAAGAACACCAUACUUUUCUGCUAUUGAGUAUGCCAAAGUAGUAAAAGGAAAUGAAUUGAUUUAUAAGUAGAAUUUGUGCCAACUUCCUCUUACUGUGAUAUUUUUGCCUUUAUUUGAAAUAUUGAAAAACACACUACUACAUUUGUGUCAUCUGUGUUAAGUAGAUGAUGCAAUGUAACAGUGUCUUUUCAGAAAUACAUUCCUAAGAAUAAAUAAAUAAAUAAAUGUUCCUAAUGUUGCAAAAUUUUUUAUCUUCAAUAGGGACUGCUAUUCAAUAGAGAGUCCUUUAAAACUCUGAAAUGUAAUUUUUACCUGCGCCUGUCUGGGCUGUUGCUAGUGUCUGACAACAAUGGGACACCUGUAAAGAUGCCAGCUUGUUACAAGACAGCAGAACGUCGUCCCCUAAAGCAGUUGCCUUUCUCAACCAAUUGAGGUUCCCAAUACUCAGAAACCUCCAGGAUCUACAGUAAGACUGAAUUAUAUGGCAAGCAAGCAAUUAAAAGUAGGAAAAAUAUAAAUCAUGUAUCAAGGCUGACAGACAACAAAUAAGAAUAACAAUUUACUAACAGGUGAGAGGAACCAGAUGAUGAUGAAAUGGUUUAUGGUACAAAUACUUGAUUAUAAUGGGAGUCAGGAAGAAAGCAAAAGAUGUUGAACAGAAAAAGUACAAAACCGACCCUUUCCUGUUAUCCCUAAUCUUUUCCUGAGCACUAAACCUGACACAAGACACACCUUAGCUUCACUGUCCCUGCAAAUAUCCAUUUGAUAAUCCUGGUCUACAAACUUUCCCUAACAGAACAAUAAGAAGGCACCCAAAGACAAAAAAAAAAACACUCGGUAGAAAACUAAAUCACAGGAACCAAACAAGGAAAAAAUGUGUUUCUCAACAAAAAGUCCAACAUAUAGAAAGAGUAUACAUACACAAAGCCCAUAAGAAAACUAGACUUAACAAUGUAUGUAAAAAACACAAAGAUAACUGGAAACAAGGACACAUAGCAUAAGUUUUAAUAUGCAUCAUACUGCAUAACCAAGGGAUCCUUAAAACAUAGCUAUCCCUAGGGCAUGUUAAAAGUUUUUAUUAGUUGUGGCUGAGUGUUCAGACCCCGAUUGAUGACUAGAAGGAGCGGGGAGAGAAGUGUCCAGUCAUGCAUUUUUUUCCUGAUGCUUAUGAGACCUGUUUAGCCCCAUAGUCUUUAAUUAUGAGUCCGGCCAGGUCACCUGACACAGAGACAGGAGAGAACACAUUAAGCCUGUUUAAGGAGAGGAUAUAUAAUAAGAAACAUAACCAGUCUAGAGCGAAAUAGCCAAGUUGAUCCGAUCCAGAGUAAUUAAUCAGCUGUAAGGCAGCUGCAUCUCAACUGCAGAACAAGCCAUGCUAAUAGACUAGAGAAUUGUGACUGGUUCUGUUAACCAGAAAUUUGCAGAAUUCUUGGUGGUUUCAGACUUAUUAGAUUUAUUUAAGGGGUUAUCCAGGAAUAGAAAAACAGAUGUAAUUUCUUCCAAUAAAACAAGGCCACAACUGUCCACAAGUUGUGAUGGCAUUAUCACUUGGCUCUAUUCAGUUCAAUGGAACUGAGCUGUAAUACUAGACGUGUUUUGCUGUUAAGAAAUCAGCUUUUUUUUCUAUUCCUGGAUAACCUCUUCAAGCCAAAUCUUCAACCCCAUAGACCCCAACCACAGGUAAAGUGUUGUCUAAAAUUGCUAGCACAAUUCAUGAUGAGGAUUGGCAUAUUAGUAGUAAUAAAGGGGCUGUUUUAUAAAGACAGAUCCUGUGUAUACCCUACUAGGGCAUAUACAUUUCAUAGAGGAAGGCCUCCAACUCAGAAUACCCUUUUUUGAGCUAGAGUAGGGGGUUGCUGGGAAAGAGUGGUACCCAUUCUGUCUGAUCCAGUCUGUCCAUGUAUUACAUGUUUAAAUGUUCAUUUGAAUGGCAGCAUUCAAAACUGCAUUUCCCAUGCAGGGCCUGCUACAGGGUAAAUGUAUGGCUGAACUAAAUAUCCCCUGAUAAUGAUCGAUGUGGUUUCCUUCAUCUAGGCUACGGAGAUCAGCCAAUUGCCUUCACUGAAAGGAUUGUCUUCAUGACACUAAUGUGUAUUUCAUGCUGCGCAAAACCCCUGUGUGUCUGCUCAGAAAAAUAUGCAGCGUAUUUUCUACUGAGCACAGUUCUAUACUGUUUUUUUUAAAGUUCACUCUGCAGUCGCCCGGAACUCUACUACUACUACUGCUACUACUCCCAUCAUGGCACUGAAUCUUUUCCAUGAUGGCAGUAGUGGUUCCCUCGGCUGUUGUGACUGCAGUAGCACUUGUACUACCACUCCCAUCAUAGAACAAAAAUUUUCAUGUUGGAGUAGUAGUACAGGUGCUGAAGGACAGAUAGCACUGGGUCUCACUUCUGAGACCUGCUGCGAUCCUAACUUAUAACCAGGGGAACAGGCAGCUUGCCGCACUGCUCCGCACCCCCGGAGAGAAAACUCUCUGUUCUGACUGGUCAUUCACAGCUCUCGGUGGGAAAUCUGAAAUUACAGUGAUGUUCAUUGAUAUAACUGAGAGCUGGCCAGCCAGAGAACGUAGCACAAUGCUGCCCGGAGGGACAGCUCCUGCCGGGGAAGGGGGUAGCAUUGCGUUACGUUCUCUGACAGGCUUUAAGUUAUAAGACUGAACAUCACUGUAAUUUCAAAUUCCCCACCGAGAGCCGUAAAUGGCCAGUAAGUGCUGGCCAUUUGGGGCUCCUGGCGGGGAAUAUGAAUUUACAGUGCAGAGUUUUCAUAUCCCUCACAGUGAAGCAGAGCGGUGCAGCAUGCUGCCAUCUCCCCUGGUUUAUAAGUUAGGACCGCAGUGGGUCCUCAGCCCCUAUACUACUACCCCCAACAUGGAACAGACUGGAGGGAACUACUGCUUCCAUCAUGAAAAGAUUCUGUUCCUUGAUCGAAGUAGUAGUAUCCCUCUGCUGCAGUCUGUGGGUGGCUGUCGAAUGGCUUUUUCACCGAUAUAAUGCACAAUUUAUUUAUAACGCACAAUUUUGCAUAUGGUUUUGUCAUUUUUUUUCACAUUUUGGGGGAAAAACAUCAUGCAAAACCGUAUUGCUAAAUCAUCAUGUGAAUGUAGCCUUAGGGAUAAUUUUAGCAUUUUUGGGGACUUUAAAACUAAUGACAGUAACCAUUUAAAUAGUCAUAAGUAAUUACUGUUGUCUGUUAAGUUAGGGAUGAUAAGAUUCAAGGCAGAACCUAAAGUCUUAAGAGCCUUAGAAUCCAUGCCAAAUGUAAAAUGUAAAGGUUAGGAAUUCAACAGCCAAAUCCAGAGUUAUAUGGUCACAUACUUCAGGUCUUAUGUCAGAGCACGAUAAUUUGAAUUCAGGAAUAAUGGCUUUAUAUCU